CAUUCGAACUCGCAAUCGCAAAACCCUCCUCAGACCCUUCCCGCCGCCACCAGCCCCCAUCGUCCGCCGACGACGCCAUGGACGCCGCCGACCCGUCGCGCCAGGUGCGCGUGCGCUUCGUGACGAAGCUGCCGCCCCCGCUCCGCGCGCCGCCCACCGCCAUCGCGGUCCCCGCCGAGCUCUCCCGCAUGGGCCUCUCCGAGAUCGUCAACCGCCUCCUGCUCGCCGGCGAGCCGGACCACCAGGCGCAGCCCUUCGACUUCCUCGUGGAUGGCGAGCUCGUGCGGAUGCCGCUCCAGCAGUUCCUGCUCGCCAAGGGCAUCUCGGCGGAGAGGGUGCUUGAGCUCGAGUACGUAAAAGCCGUGGCGCCGAGGAAGCAGGAACAACCCUUGCCACAUGAUGACUGGGUCAGUGCAGUUGAUGGAUCGAACCCAGGAUUCAUAUUAACAGGUUGCUACGAUGGUCUUACAAGAGUAUGGAAAGAUGCAGAUGUAUGUACUCAAAUUUUGGAGGGGCACAGUGGCGCAGUUACUUCUGCCAGCUUCAUCAAUAAAGGAGUUGAAACUGAUGGCAAUUCGCACGUAGUGACUGGCUCAAAGGAUAGGUCAUUGCGCCUGUUCAAAUUUGAUACAUCAGUAACUAUGAACUACCCGAAGCGAAUUGGGGCUUACAAAAUUCUUCCUGGUCACACAUCUUCUAUUCAAAGUAUUGCUGUUGACCCUUCCGGAGAUAUGAUAUGUUCUGGUUCCUGGGACACCACCAUCAAGUUAUGGGCCGUCGAAGGAUCUGAAGAAGAUGGUGAUGCUGUCUCAGUGAAGAAGCGAAGAACGAACUCUGAUACAUCUGGACCCGAAGAGUCUCAGUUAGAGGGUUCUGCCUCUUCAACACUUCUGGGACAUACACAAUGUGUUUCUUCUGUGGCCUGGCCUGAGCAGCGAACAAUAUAUUCGGCAUCUUGGGACCAUUCUAUUCGCCAAUGGGAUGCUCAAACAGGGAAAGAAACAUGGAAUAUGUUUGCUGGGAAGGCUUUGAAUUGCUUGGAUAUUGGUGGUGAGAGCUCUUCAUUGAUUGCCGCUGGUGGUAGUGACCCUGUAUUAAGGGUGUGGGAUCCUCGAAAACCUGGAACGCUAGCUCCUAGUUUUCAGUUCUCUUCGCACUCAAGCUGGAUCUCUGCCUGCAAAUGGCAUCCAAGUUCAUGGUUUCAUUUGAUAUCAUCUUCGUUUGACGGGAAAGUAAUGUUGUGGGAUCUAAGAACAGCAUGGCCUCUGGCGUCUGUGGAUUCACACAAAGACAAGGUUUUAUGUGCCGAUUGGUGGAAAGGGAACAGUGUGAUUAGUGGUGGGGCUGAUUCCAAGCUGUGCAUCUCAUCAGGGAUUGACAUAGUGUGACCAGGAAGAUUCCCUCCCAUAUGUUCCUUGUGCCUGUGCUAACGAGGUUGACAAGACAUCCCUGAAAGCCAAACCAUGCCAAUUAUGGCUGGAAGUAUGUGCGCCCUUUGUCAGAUUAAGAUCGCUAUUGGCUGUUCUGUACAAGUAGACCUACACUACUACAAUAGGGAUUCCCCCAGUUUUGCAAUCAAGUAUUUGUUGUCUUACUCUAUUCGCUGGUACUCUCCAGUACCAACAAAUUAUAACAAAUGUUAUGACUCAUAAUUCUGAGUUAUUUUUUAGGUUGUCAGCUCUUCCGCUGGUUUUGCAACAAAUGUUAUGACUCAUAAUUCUGAGUUAAUUUUAGGCUGUCA